AUGAUCUUUCAACAAAUAAUUAGAACUGUUUCACCCUUUAUUAAACAAAAUAUUAGUUCAUCUACGAUAAAUUCAUAUUAUUUUCGUUCUUUUAAAACAAUCAAAAUUGAUUUUCGACAAAUCACUCAAACUUCUGUGCAUAGAUCACAUGAAUAUUAUCUUGUCAAAUCUCCCCACGGUGAAAAUUAUCGUUUACAACUUGCAAAAUCAAGACACUUGGUUGGUACUAGAACAUCUAGAGGAAACAGAGAAUCUAAUGAGGACCGACAUCAAGCUCUAGUUCUUGAAUUUAACAAACCUGAUAAUGCUAAUUUUAACGGUAAUGUAGAACAUAUCCAUAUGGAUAAAAAAAUUUCUGAAACAAAUGGUCAGGAAGAAGAAGGCAAAGAUGGCCAAAUAUGUUAUUUUGCUUUAUUUGAUGGUCAUGGAGGUUCUCAAUGCGCAGAUUAUCUAGUCGAUAAUCUUCAUAAACGGAUUGAAGAUAUUCAGGCUUCUAAUGCGGAUGACAUUAUAUCUCAAUGGAGAAAAGUUGGAGGCUAUUUUCGAAGGUUUAUGCCUCCUUCACUAGUACCAUUAUUAAGUCCCGAGACACUUAAACCUACUAAUAUACGACAAAACACAAUUACUUCUGAAGAAAAUUCGAAUUCCAGUAGACAUAGUUCUUCUAAAGAACUGUCAUCUUCAUCAACAAAUCCUGUAUCGAAUGAAUCAAUAAAAUCUGAACUUACUUUAGAACAGCGACUUACAUUAUCAUUUUUAAAAACUGAUCUAGAACUUAGGGAUUCUAUUGGUCGGUCAAUUGGUUCUACAGCAUCGAUUGCUCUUGUAAAAUCAUUAGGUGGUCGAACAUUUUGGUCAAGCGAAGAAUUGGAAAUUACUGUUGCCCAUGUUGGUGACACUCGUGUGUUAUUAUGUGAUGCUCAUUCGGGAAACGCUAUACCUUUAACAUUUGAUCAUCAUCCAAGCUCUGUUACAGAACUUGAUAGAUUACAAAAAUAUGGUGGUUACGUAAUUACUGAUUCUUUUGGUUCCGAAAUGGUAUUGGGAAAAUUAGCUAAUACUCGAGCAUUUGGUGAUUCUAAAAUGAAGAGGUAUGGAAUAUCAGCGGAACCAGAAAUCAUUAGUAAAACGGUUAAAGGUGAUGAUGUCGCAUUUAUGGUAUUAGUUUCGGAUGGCGUAACGUCAGUUUUAAGCAGCCAGGAAAUAGUUGAUUGUAUCAAAAACUAUGAUAAUGUAACCACAGGUGCAGAGAAACUUGUUGAACUUGCUGAAGAAUUAGGAUCUGAUGAUAACAUAACUGCGAUGGUGGUACGACUACCUGCAUGGGGAAUUAAAAUGCCGGAUCACACAAAAGCCCUAAGGAAAUACAGACUUGAGAAUGACAGACCCGCAAUGAAACGACGUGUAUAA